UCUCUCUCGAAGGUUCCACAGCGAUAAAAAACAAGAAAGAGCAGAGAGCAAAGCACUGCAUCAACCUUCAGGCCUACCACUCUCUUCCAAAAUGGGGAUUAGGGCACGCCCCAGUUUCUCUGCCGAAUCCGACGACGCCAACGACGACGCCAUUCCGGCGAUAAUCUCGAACCUAAAGACGGCGUUUUCGCCCGCCGACUACGCGCGGGCCGAGCGGGCCUUGCUCGCCAGAGAAUCAAACCUGAAGCGAGAAAUCGAGAAGCAGAAGAAGGAGAACGCGAAGCUUCUGGAAGCGGACCAUUUCCGGGAGCUGGAGAUGCUGAAGCUGAGAGAGGAGACGGUGGCGGGGUCGGGGUCGGGAGGGGUGAUAGUUGAGCAGCGGAGGAGGAUUAGGGAGCUGGAGAGGCAGAAUUUGAAGCUCGAGGGUUUGGUGAAGAGUGAAUAUGAGGGUUGGAAGGGUCUGGUUUCGAAGCUGGAGGCUGAUGCAAAGAAAUUGAGGAGGGAAAGGGGCGGCUUGGGUGUGAGGAGUGAUGGUGUGGGUGUGGUGGUCAAAUUGGAGAUGGAUGCAGAGGCCAAUGCCACCGGAGGCUUGGCGUCGAGUGUGGGGAGCUCGGUUCUUAGUGUGGGAAAUGGAGGUGUGAAAGAUUCAGGUAUUCGGAAAUUUUCAUCUGAAGAUGCUGGUUUGGAUGAUAGACAUAACGAGUGUGCUCCCAAGGAAACUGAGAUGUUGUGUGAGAAUUCUGAAGUUCACAAAGACGCUGAAUCUUUGGGAUUGACUGGUGUAGAAAGGAAGCUAAGGGUUCCUAAGAGAAAACUGGUGUCAUCUUUAAGUGGCAGUGAUGAUAAAAUGGCAAGUGGCAAAAUAAAGGAACAUAAGAAUUCAAACAGUGAGAUGAAGCAAUGCCAAAAGUUGAGCCUUGACCCUGAUUGUCCUCUUGACUUUUCUGGUAGCAAUGUCUUUAAAAACCAAAAUUCACCAAGUCAUGUGCAAGUGAACUCAAAGAAAUCUGAAGAGAAACUCAAGGCAGAAAAGAAAUCACAACUUUUUCAUAAUGCUCCUAUGGAAGUGAGUAGUGAUUCUGAUAAUGAUCCCAGUUCCAAUCUUAGUUCUAGUAGCUCAAGUUCCUCUGACUCUGAAGAUAUCGAUGUACUGCUAUCUCAAAUUGAUGAAAUUCUACCAAAACUCAACGCAAGAGAGGGUCCUCUUCUGUCUAGUGAGGAUAAAAAGAUGAUGUAGAUGUUGACAAAACUCGAAGAUCUGAUUGCAAGCUAACAGAAAUGCUGGGAGGAAGUUUUGGAGAUGAAGUCAAAGAAAAGGGUCAUGAGAAGUAGUGUCAAUGACUAACUGAGAUUUGGCUACUGUAAGUAGAUAGGUAGAUAUGUAGAUAUGUAGGUCCAUGAUGGUGGUUCCUUCUGUUUAUGUACGUAGGAAGAUUAGCAUUACCAUGGUAUGAAGCGUUUGCUGCUAUGUGGGAAUUAGCUGAUCUGAUCGUAUGGGUAUUACAUCUCUGGUCAUAUGGUCAUAUGGGUUUUCUACUACCUGCUCACCUAUUACCAUUUCUUAGUUAUUACUUCUGUAGCUCUUUUCUCUAUUCUCUCUGCUAGCUAUUCGUAGUUUUAAACAGGUAUAAUA